AUUCCGUAUAUAUUAGCAGUCAAGCUAGCUUGUAGCAAUCGUUCUGGAAACUGAAACGGAUACAGGUUACAUAUAAUGAUGUGAUGAUGUUAAGAUCUUUGCCUUGUUCAGUAAGAAUUAUUGGCUAUAUGUAAUGUGGAGUAUCUUAAAACCCUGUUAUUCUUAUAUCGUUAGCGUAAUUUAAAUCUUAUUCAAUAAGACAACACUUCUUCAAUGACUAUUAAGUCAGCUGCACAAAUCUACAUUAUAUUGCUACCUAAUUUGUUAUAUGGACAUCUUUGUGGAGGCUUAUCACCUUGACCUGUGUUCCUGAAAGGAGAGUAAGUCAAUGGAGUUGAAGUUGUUGGAGGACAUGGUCGUGAAUCUUUGCCUGCCACACUUCAACACAAACAUAAGUUGCAAUAAGCUGUGUGCAGAUGGGUACGAUGUUACAAACCUUAUAUCGGCAGAUCCAGCUCUCCAGAGGCGGGGCUUCAAGCUGGAGUACUUCUUACGUCCACCUGUGCAGGUGACGUUAAGGUUCGCAUUCCAGGUGGAGCUUUGCAGAGUGGAUGUGGAGCUAUGGCCUUGGGGUAUGGACCGAGGACAGUGCAGCAAGAGACUGGAGAUUAGCACCAGCUCUGAACCGCUCCCUCCUCAAAGUUUUGGUCCGGAUCAUCUUAAAAAUGGGGUCCAGACCCAGGUUCAUCUGAAGACUUCUCGUGUGCCUCAGCAAAGGCCUCAUACUCAAACACCUUGUUCUGAGCAUGACUUUAAACUGGUGGGGCGUUGUGAACUCAAGGAGGAAACCAAAGUUAGUUUCUCCCGUCCACUAUUUCAUCUGCGGCCCCCCUUCGCGUCCCCUCCUCCUCCUCAACCCAACGGCGGUCGACGGGAAGAGCUGUGGAGCCGAGGACACCUUUCCUUGACAGCGGUCACGCAGCUCCGCGUGACGCUGCCUUUCGGCGGCUCUGCGUCCGCUCUGGGUCUCAAGGCUUUGGCGGUUUGGGGACAACCGGCUCGUUGCUGCCCCCUGGUGGAAGUGGAAAAGAUUGAGCAGGCCCACAAGGACAGUCAACGAUCUCUAUCUCGACCUGUCCCAAGUGUCAAUCAAAUUAGCCUGCCCUGCCUGGACACGCCUCCGAGCACACAGUCUCUCACUUCAAUCCCAGAGGAGUUCCUCGAUCCCAUCACCCAGGAGAUCAUGUCACUUCCCAUGCUGCUUCCGAGUGGCGUGUCGGUGGACACCACCACCCUGGAGGAGCACCAGAAGAGGGAAGCCUCGUGGGGGAGACCAGGGAGCGACCCGUUCACCGGCGUCCCCUUCACCGCCACCUCCCAGCCACUUCCCAAUCCCCAUCUGAAACGGCGCAUCGACCAUUUCGUCCUGCACAACGGCGGCACCAGGAAGGAAGGGACGACGGGUAGGAGAGGGGAAGCAGAAAAACCCGUACCCUCCAGAUUGAUUGGCUCAUUGGCGGCCAAUGAAAAUCACUGUUUAACGGUUACUACAAACGAGGACCGCGUGUCGGGACAGUCCUCGGAUGAUGCCACUGUAUCAUGUGACUCAAAUCUCUCUAGUAAAUACAAAACAAUACCUCUUAACGGAGGGAAGAAACGACACCUGAAUGGAUCCGAAGCAGCUGUGCCCCAACUACAACCUCAAGCGAAACAACUAAGAAGUGACUCGAGCCCAGGACCAAGCAGCAGCAGCAGCAGCUCGCAUGAAAAUAAUCUGUCAGCCAGUUUGGACGACGCCCUCUUCUCCGUCUUGAAGGGACGACCCUCCUUUACUUCAAACUUGGCGAUGCGGGAGAGUGCCCUUUCUCUCAACGAGUCAGUGGAGGCCCCAACUCAGCAUCAGGCUACUGCUUCUAGCGCUGCAGGCAAGAGGACGUGCUCAACGUGUUCCCGCGCGUUAUCACCGUACUCAACGGCGCCCUCGCCCAUUUACCGGCUGCUCUGCGGCCACUUGCUGUGCCGCGCCUGUCUUCAAAGUAACUCGGCUCCCGCGCUAAGCUCCGUCACCGCCACCACGACGUCAUCCUCCGCCCGCAUCCUGUGCCCUACCUGCCGAAGCCCCGCGUCGCGCGGCGACAUCGUCCGCGUGCAUCACUAGUCUGCCCGGAGACAGUGGGAGGAAAUAAUCUGUUCUCAAGAGGAAUGGCAACAAUUCUGACCGCAUCUGUAUUGAGGUGUGCUGGUGACGAGCCCGCAGUUGUUCCACCGCGUCUUUUCCAACCUCGGGACUGACACUGAGCAUGUAAAAAGAUACAAAGGAACCUAGAGACUUGGGCAUUGCAACCACAUUGACAAGCAUGUUGGUCUCCAUGACAACAUCAAGCGGAAUCGAGGUCGUGAUCCCGCAUCCGCUCCUCAAGAGCUGCAUGCAAAAUGACACCUAAGACAGAAAAAUAAUAAUAGUCUCUGCUUUUUUUUGUGUGGUAGUCACUUUACAAUUAAAAUCAAGUUGGGUCUAAGCUACCAGAAUUAUGAAUUGUUGUUUUAAUUUACCUUACUGAUAUUCAUGAGGGUUUACAUGUUGUCAUUUUUUAUUCACAUUUUUGAGUGUUGUGCUGCAUAUUGAAAUAUUCUACCUUUCUAUGCAAAACUCUUGGAUGCUGAGUUUUGCAAGUUUUUGAAAGGGAGAGAUGGGCUGGGUCAUUUAAAGAUUUUAAAAAAUGCAUUAUUAAUUAAUCUUAAUGUUAAAAUGAAAAAUAACACCAUCUGUACUUCAGAUGAACAUUCCAAAAAUAUAUACUGUGAUUAAAUUCAAUGCAAAGAAAUAAAAAAGAGAUAUAUUUUUUGCUUCAGUUCAAGCAAAAGCUUUGCUUCUGCAGUCUAAUACAGUUACAGUAUACAGUAACACAGUAAAUAAGGAUGGUCUCGGCUCUACGUAAGGUGUAGUCAUUGCUAUUCUUCACAGAGGAUAAAGAAGAUAUACCUCUUAAGUGUCGCGAAAUCAUCUGUUAACAUGUGUUGCUCCACUGUGUUCAAAUAUGUAACAAAGAAAAGAUCAUUUGGUGUAUUGUUUUAUGUUGUUUAGAUGAGCGAAUUUAGAUUUUUUUUUCACAUUAACAAACCUACCAGACCACCCAAGUCCCCAUUUCAAUUUAAUAAACGUGGAGAACUUUAGUGUACAAAUGUUCAUUUCAUUU